AUGCUCAAUUCAAACCAAAAUCCUCAGGCACCGACUUCAGAUGAGUCUGGUCUUCAUCGUAGUGCAGGCUCCACAGCCGGACGGAAUUCUGCAAAGGAGACUAACAUAUUCUCACAAUCAGUUUUCCCAGGUCUUGAGAACGGCUCUUAUAUCCUACAGUCAGUACGGUGUCUCGGCGCUUCCGAAACUCCUUGUGCUUCUACUCUGACUGCUAACGAAACCCCUUCCACCACUUCCGAUCUUCUGCCACCUGGUCUACUUGCAGCCGCAGCGCGCCUGCCCAGCCUUAUCGGUCGUGACUCUUUCCAUUCAUCCUCGCCAUUUAUUCAAAACCAACAUAAUUCGCCUCUUGGUUUGACACAGGGGACAGGACAGAUUGGCUCAUCGGCCCCAAUCAGCACGGUUCGAAUGCGCGUAAAAAAGGCUACAAGCACAGCUGGUUCUCGCGAAACUACUUUCUCAGUUUCUUCCAGAGUUGGAAAAGAAAGAGGACGAGGAAGAACUAGAGUAGGCACAAAUGGACGAGAAGGUUUUAUUCUCCGUGAUGGUAUUGGCGUCACUGCCAGUUCGGCAACUUGUAUGAAUUCCUUGAAGUCUUGUCGUCAGCGGUCUUCUGAUUCAGCUGAUGUAAUUACCUCUUUGCCGGCUGAGACUUCGCAGCCAUCAGAAGUACCAAAUGAUUAUAAUGCUCGGUUGGGCUUGGUAAAGACGGAAGACCAAUUUGAAGAAUCUCCAGUUUCCCCUAAUCAGGUCUUUGUUGACCAACAGGCUCUAAAACAGGUACACAAAAGAUCGCUUCAUCAGUCAUCACGGCAAGAUUCUUCUACUAUUGAUCAACCGGAGCUGACGCAGCGGCAGCAACAUGAGCUAACUCUUGCUUCACUCCAUUCCAGAUCACAGCAUGCGUCUCCAAGACCCGCUGUCAUCAGGCCUUCGCGACAUUUGAGCUACUUUCUUGCACCACAAUUUUCCCAGGCGCCUUUCGAGGCUUGUUCCGAUUCUAGAUCCUCCCGAUCUACCCAACCGGCUGACAACCUUAUUUGUAAGCCCGAAUACCCACCUGUCACCUCUGCUUCCGCUACCCAUACUUCUAACACUGGCAUUCCCUCAUCUACAGUAUCGGUUAGCAACGUGAAGAGCAACUUCAGUCUUGAGCUACACAGUGGAGUCGAUUCUAGCAACGAUCAGAUAAAAACUAGCCCUUCAUAUCAUCUGAAUCCUGCAUGUCAAUCUUCUCGUUCAUACUCUACAUCUCUUCAAACUCCUCAACACCUCCAACAUACGCAACAACAACAACUCCCUAUUCCUCAUCCCUCAGUUGUUUACCCUUCUCAAUCACUAUUUCCUGGAUCUAUUGUGAUUCCUGAUGCCCCAGACAACCGAGACCUGAUUAGGACCCGACCACCGCCACCCAUAUCCACAAUUGCCUCAAGUGGCUGGCCAGUUUCUGUUCUGCCUUCAGGUCCAGAUACUGUGACUACGACAUCUGCGCUUACAGAAGCCGUUUCUGCUGCUGCUGUGGCCGCAGUCUCAGCAGCUGCCGCAGCUGCAGGUCUGUUGAGUCAGUCCCAAAUCACCUCCACUUCUGCAUCUAGCAUUUCCUCCUCCAUGAGGACUCUGUCUUCGACUUCUUCGUCAAUCAAUUAUCUUACUGGGAUAAAGGCCGAUCUUUCUGCUCAGGCUCAGCUUUCAACGUGUAUAGUGGAUCACCGAAUAUCUGAUUCUGCACUUUCAGGCAUAAUGCAUGCCCCCGUACGUUUACCAAACUCUUCGGAUCAACAAACCUUAAUCGAUGUUCCAUUUAUCUCAUUUCCCGACGCUCUGCAGUCUGGAUCGCAGGCAUUGUAUCCUCACAGCAGUCAGCAAAAUCACAACGAUCAUCAUGGCCAACAUAAUCAUCAUCCACAACAUCAACUUCAGCACCAUAUUCUCUCCCCCCUUUUGUCCCAGCAUGGCCCCGUGGGCACCGAAUCUUCCACUCUUAUUCUCUCUGAACGCGCUAGUGCAAUGAAUGAACAGGCGACAUCACAUCAAAUCUACUUGAGCCGAGUCGAUCUCGCUUGCCCAUCACCCUCCUCUUCCCCCGUCUCUAACACCACAAUCACUCAAUCAGAAACCACAUCUAAUUGUUCUCUGCCUCUUCCAGCAUCUGUUAGUCCGGUUUCAAUAACUUCAUCGAUAGCACAACCCAGUUCAUCCCUGACUUCGGUUAAAGUAAUCAGUCAAUCGGGAUCACACGACAUAGCUAGUUUUGAUGGGUUGCCUGUUACCCACCCUCCCUUAAUCGAAUUUACUACCCAUCAACAGCAUCGCCGAUCACAACAACAUAAUCCUACUCAACACUCAGCGCCCCGACUUCAUCUCAAUCACUCGAUCCAGUCUCAGCAAGUCCCUUCUACUCUUCCAACACCAUCGCAGCAGCUUCAAUCUGCAUCUUUAUUGCAUUUACAGUCUUCCUCAUUGAUUCAACAAUAUUCGCAUGCGCCAUCUUACCUUUGCUCUGGGGCUCUACAGAGCCCGGCCAGUUUUUCUUCUCACAUGCUCCCUCACCAUUCCACUCAUUCAGUUGUCGGUCCUCUACCUCAGAACACUCAGACGCAUCUCCUCUCCUGCCAGGCUCUGUCUUUUGCCACAUCUUCAGCUCAGCACCACAUUUCAAGUCCGAUUACGCAACUUCCUCCAUCACCUACUUUGUCCAUGUCACCCUCCCCUUCUACUUCACCUUCCGUUUCCCCUUCACCAGUUGCUUCUGGUCCGCAGGUAUCUAAGUUGGCUUCACGUUCUACGCCACGCCCUGUGAGCAGUGACGGUGUCAAUUCCAGUACACAUGGGGCUCCGCUGUAG